AUGGGUCUGUUCAGCUUCUUUCAGGGUAGCAACGAGAACGCAGGCAAAAAAACUGAAGAGAAAGAUGCGCUGCAGACGUUGAAAUCAUUCAUCGAAACGAGGCCUUCGUCGCAAUACACAUUUGAUUCAGAGCGAGAUUCACCACGGUCCACCAUUUGCCGUCCUUCUGACUCUCCUGAUGGUAAAGAGUGUAUAACAAUAGAAAUGAAUUCCAAGAAGUUAUUUACCACCAUGCAGGCCUCUGAGUUGGUUGGCAUGAUGUAUAACACAGGAACGGGACGGCUCUCCCAGGCAGACGCAGUUGGGUGA